AUGAAAUUGUAAAAUAUUGGAACUAUUGAUUUCAGCAAGGCUAACAAAUAGAUUAAGGAUCUAUCUCAUAAAUUUUUAUAGAGCAAGAUGCUUAGGAAGAACAAGGAGAAUUUCAAUCCAAAUACUAGUCAUUAGGAUGCUGCAGCAAAAUUAUUAUUAGAAGCCUUGCAAAAACCAAUACUGAGAAAUCUUAGGGAUUUGAUAAGGAUUAAGGAGUCGGUUGUUUGUGAGAGGAAUAUUUUCGACGAGGUUUGUUCGAUGGGGGUAAGUGAGAACAGCGACAUUGGAGAAGGAUUCAAGAUUUCCUUCGCGAAUCUGAGAAUCAAAUAAGAGAGUAUAGUGGAUUGCGAGAGUAUUCAGCCUACGAAUGCACCGAUAUUGUUGUUUAUGGUGAUUCAGAACAUAAGGAAGAAGAAAAUGAUAAUCUCAUUCUAAGAAAUCAAAUUUUUUAUACUACAAAGAAGUUUGAGCUCUGUGAACAAAAGACUGGAAUAUGCAAAGCACGAAUAAUUGCGUAAGAUUAUUGUUAACAAAACAAAGUAGGAAUAAUUGCUACUUUAAGUGUACUUGAAGUAUUGGUCACAACAAACACAACUGCUCAUAUUUUUUGAUCAUUUUGGUUCAAAAAUAAGGAAAAUAUACAAAAAUAAAUUGAACGAAUAUUUAAUUGCAUUGAAACAGCAAAUAGCAAAGAGAGAGGCAGCCUAACAUUUGGUUAAGAUUAUAAAUAGGAAAUUAUUUGAAUAUGGACAAAAUUUGAAUAGAGUGAAAAACAAUUUGCAUUUGUAAAAUAGUUUAAAGAAGGUGUGGAUAAGACAAUUGAGAAGUUCAUUUGAAUUAUUGUAAUCUAAAAGACACAGAUCUCCAGUUAUUUUUGAAUUGAUGAAUAGAUUUCAAAAUAAUUUAUUGAGACAGAGUUUAAAGAUCUUCUAAUUGCAUGUGUUGAGAUAGAAGAGGAGGAUCAAAUCGUUUUCAUAUGGCUUCGAAGAUCUCAAUAAAAUAAUGAAUAAAUUAGAUUAUAAAUUGGGUUUUGUUAAGCUGCAAAAUAAAAACUAAAAAUAAUAAAGGUUGUUGCCAACAAAAUACUUAAUAAUGAUCCUCAAAAGAAUACAGGAUAGGCAAAAACAUUGGGUUUUGCGAAAAUUAAAUUAAUGA